GAACGGUGAACGUUAAACUACAGCUAAGGGCUACAACUGGACAAGCAGUCGGCAGUGAAGACGCAGAAACCCAACAACUACAUUUCUACUUUAUAGUUGGAAAAGAGAAACAACACAGACAGAAAAUGUGGCCAGCAGGCAUCUCUAAUUUUAUCCGAGAGGAUAAGGAGAAGAAUUGAGUUUUUCAGCAGCACAUAAGGGGAUUUUGCCUGAGCUCUGCAUGAUGGAUGCGCAUGAUCCAAAGCCAAUAAAGCAUGGACCUCAGGCCAAAUACAAGCAGGCAAGAGAAGAGCGCAAGAAGCUUCUCACGCCUGCACACAAGUACAUGAUCGACAUCCUGGCUGACAGGCUGUCAUUGGAGCCAACAGCAGCAGAGGAAUUUAUUUUAGAUUCUUCAUCUCUUGCUGCUUUUGAUGAUUUCUUUGCCAAAGGGGGUUCUAAAACCAUUUCCUUCAUGUAUCAAGAGUCUGAUAUUCCAGGACCAGAGUGUGGGCGCUCAUAUCCUGGGACAACCAAAGGGGGAAAAGUAUUGAGGCUGUUUGUAGCCAAUUUGUCAAAGACAUGCCUUACCGGCAUUUGCUGCUCUUUUACAAGGAGUAGAGUUGACAUACCUGUCAAUUCAGAAAAGAUACAUGAGGAGAUCUUCUUUUCAAUGGUUGAUGGCAGAGAUGGCCUCCUGAAUGGAGUAAAGAAUGCCUUCAACUUUGUGCUACCAGCCCUUGAUGCACAAAAUUGGGGUGUCUUGGAUAAGACUAGACAUGGAGAAAAAUUUAAAAAGAACUUCAAGUACACAAUAAAACGUUGUCUUAGCUCCUUAGAUGACAUCCAGAUGAGCAAUGAGAGUAUUGUUCACCUGAAAACAGUCACAGAUAUUGACUUCUCUAACUUGGUAACCCUUGGUGACAUGAAAGUUGCGGCUGCUGACUUUGACAUGGUGCAUCAACUGGAGGAAAUCUUGCUGCAGUGGUAUAAGCAAAUCGAACAGGUCCUGAUUGUAAAUGAUCAGCUAAGAAAAGAAAUUGAUUCUGCUGGACCACUGAGUGAGUUAGAACACUGGAAAAAGAUGUCUUUAAGGUUCAACUCCAUUAUCAAUCAUAUCAAAGGCCCAGAGUGUAAAGCAGUGGUAAUGGUGCUCCAUAUCAGCCAGUCCAAGAUUUUGAAGACGUGGCGGGAGUUGGAUGCCAGGAUAACGGAUCGUGCCAAUGAGGCCAAAGACAAUUUGAAGUUCCUGAAAACACUGGAGAAAGUCUGUCAGCCUCUUUACAACAGUGACCCGGUCACUAUGAGGAAAAGUGUGCAGAAUGUCAUCAACACCAUUCAAAUGAUUUACAACACUUCACUGUACUACAAUACAAGUGAAAAGAUAUCUGCACUGUUGGUCAAAGUCACAAAUCAGAUGGUUACAGCAUGCAGGUCAUAUGUUACUGACAAUGGCUCGUCUCUCAUAUGGGACCAAGAUGCUGGAGACAUCAUCAGGAAAAUGCAGGCCUGUAUCAGCUUGUAUCAGGAGUAUCAAUCUUGCUUCCAGAAAACAAAGUCACAAACAAUGGAAAGCCCUACAAAGAGGCCCUUUGAAGUUUCAGAGAUGCAGAUUUUUUGUAAGUUUGAAGGCUUCUGCAAGCAAGUUGAAAAGAUCACACAGAUAUUUGGAGUGUUCAAAAAGUUUGAAUCUCUUGAAAAAUCAAAUAUUGAGGGCACUGAGACGCUGGUCAGACAAUUCCAAACUGCAUGCAUGAGUCUGAAAAGGAAGCAGUACGAUAUGUUGGCUCCCAGAGCAACCGAAUUCCAAACAGAUUUUGUUCAGUUCAUGUGUCAAAUCAGUCAAAUUGAGAAACAGCUGCAGGCAUUUAUGAGUUCAUGCUUUUCAAAGAUCUUCUCAUCUCAGCAAUCUCUACGCCUAGUACGUUGUUUUCAGAGACUCAACUUUCCCUGGCUCAAGAAAGAAAUUUCUAACGUCUUGGGUCUUAUUCUUCAGCAUUAUGCCUCAGAAUUAGAGUUUGUGAAAAAGCUCUAUGAAAGGCAAAGAGAAGACCCCCCAUUAGCUCGAAACAUGCCCCCUGUGGCUGGAAGGAUUAGUUGGGUCAGACACCUUUACAAAAAGAUAGAGGAACCCAUAUCAUACAUCAAAGACAACUCUGACAUCCUGUGCAGCCCUAAGGGAAAAGAUGUGGUUAAAAUGUACAAUCAAACUGCAUCUGCAUUAGUGGAGUCUGAAUUUGUUUACCACAGAGUAUGGAUGGAUGACGUGUCAAAACUGGAUAAUGUCUUAAAUAUUACAUUGCUGGUUCGUCACCCAGCAACUGGAAAAUUGUUCGUCAACUUUGAUCCCAAAGUAACUGAGGUAAUUCGUGAGGCUAAGUGUUUGUUGAAGAUGGGUCUGGAAGUUCCAAAGCAGGCUUUGUGUCUAGUCAAGUUUGAAAGCAAACUAUAUGCCCAUCACCUCAGACUACAGACCAUUUUGGCAGAUUAUGAAUCCACUUGUGAGAACAUCCCUGCAGACUUCGUCAGCUUGAUGGCUUCAAAAAUAAAGAAUGUGGACUCUGCGCUACGCCACGGGUCAGUGCUGCUCACCUGGUCAUCCUUCCUCCUGGAUAAGUUCUUCGAAAAUGUUGAGACUGCUUUAUUUGAGCUCAAACAUCUUGUAAAGAAGGUGCUGGAUAUCAGUAAGUUACACAUUGAUGAUGUCCUUAAAGACAUCUCAGAGACUGUGCUGAUCAAGCUUCCAGAAGAUCAUGUUUCUUCUGUGCAGCACCUGAUUGAGAGUAACAAGACUCAGUGUAAGGAGCAGGCAAAGACGCUGAACUACAAGGUUGGUCGUGUAAAAGAAGCAGUGAGGGAGCUUGGUAAAGUUUUCAGUGCCGUUUAUGAAUCAAAAGGAGGGAAACAGAAGACCCCUGAUGAGGAUGAGGGAAUCUGUUCCGAAGGCCCAGAUAGAGAUCAAGCAAUCAAAUUUGAAAGGGAGUUCAAGAAGCUUUAUGAAUACUUUACUGAACGGGUAUUAGAUGCACUGGUCAGAGCAACCAAAUUAUCUCUGGAGACCUUGAAAAUGAGGAUUUUUGGAACAAAAACAACGUUAAAUUGGAAUUCAAGCACUAACCAGAAGUCCAAGAUGGUCACGCUAAUAAGGUCUGAAGUAGAGCUGGUUAUACCUAAUGUGGUAAUGAUUCCCACUGUGGAUGAGAUCCAACACUUCAUAAAUCAGCUUGUCGAUCUUGUAUUGGGAGUUAGCAAGGAAGUUGUGUGGAAGCUGGAGUACAGUCGUGAUGGCACAAAGAACAAAGAUGGAGCAAAAAAGAACUUCCAUCACAUAGUUGUUGAACACAGGGAGAUCAAAAAGGCUGUCAUCAUUCUGAAAUCAGCGAUUUGCUCCCAGAGAAGAGAAGCAACUGAUGUUCUCAAGCACUUCGAUCAGUUCAGAGUUAUCUGGGAUGAGAACAGGGACCUCAAAGUCAAGGAAUUCAUGGACAGCAGUCCGUCCUUGAUCCAGAUCAAAUCUGAAAUCCAGCACUAUGACUCAGUUGAAAAGGAAAUUGAUGAUAUUAAACCCAUUAUUGUUUGGGGAUCUGCUGAAUUGUCCACAGAGCCAUUGAAGAAGUCCUUGAGGAUUGAGACCAAAGCCUGGCAGAAACUGUUGUGCCAGCACCUGAAGAAGGAGUACAAGAAGAAAAUGAUUGACACCAGCAUACAUAUGAACAAAUACUUUGCACAGCUAUCUCAUCCUGUGGCUAAUCUGGAAGACGUGCGUCGUGCCAUGGCAGCCCUGUCAAAGCUUCGGGAUGUUGAAGUACAAACUGAUAUGACAUUGAUAUCCAUUGAGGAAGCCUUUGAAAUUUUAGCUAAAUAUGAAGCAGAGGUGACCAGAAGAGAAGCAGAGGGGGUGUACAAUCUGAGGCAUUUCUUCACAAAGCUUCAGUGUAAAGCAGGAUCAGUGCAAGAUGAGCUUGUUCGCAUGCAGCCCAAGUUCAAACAAAACCUUCUGGAGGGUGUUGCCAUUUUCCAAAAUAAUGUCAACACUUUUAUGGAACAAUAUGAUACAGAAGGCCCCAUGGUCGAUGGAAUAACUCCCCAAGAAGCCAGCUGCAGGCUCCAGAUCUGUCAGGCUAGAUUUGAAGAACUGUGGAGAUAUUUCAACACAUAUACCUCUGGGGAGCAGCUUCUUGGCUUGCCAGUCACACAGUAUGACUGUCUUCAAAAGAAAAAAAAAGAGCUGGAAUUGCUACGGAAACUCUAUGGCCUGUAUGAUGCUGUGAUGAGUAAGAUCAGUGGGUACUAUGGCAUUCUGUGGACAGAUGUGGAUAUUGAGAAGAUCAAUACAGAACUUUUGGAAUUUCAAAACAGAUGCCGAAAGCUACCCAAAGCAAUGAAGGACUGGCAAGCCUUUCUAGACCUGAAGAGGACAAUUGAUGAUUUUAGUGAGUCAUGCCCUCUGCUUGAGAUGAUGGCAAACAAAUCUAUGACGAGGAGACACUGGGACCACAUUACAGACCUGACUGGGCACCCGUUUGAGGUGGAGUCUAGUACCUUUACACUGCAGAACAUCAUGGAAGCACCUCUGCUGAAACACAAAGACGAAAUUGAGGACAUCUGCAUAUCGGCUGUAAAGGAGAAGGAUAUUGAGGCCAAGUUGUCACAAGUGAAAGAAGUGUGGGCUGGCCAGAUCCUGACCUUGAUGACAUUCAAGAAUAGAGGUGAACUGAUGCUAAAAGGGGCAGAGACAGCAGAGAUCCUCACCAUCCUGGAGGACAGUUUGAUGGUGCUGGGGUCACUGCUGAGCAACAGAUACAGCGCCUACUACAAAGCAGAGAUCCAGGAUUGGGUCUCCAAGCUUUCAACAUCAUCUGAUGUCAUUGAACAGUGGGUUAUUGUGCAAAACCUUUGGAUCUAUUUGGAGGCUGUGUUUGUUGGGGGUGACAUCGCCAAAGACCUGCCACAGGAAGCAAAGCGAUUUCAAAACAUCGACAAGUCCUGGAUUACUGUCAUGCAGCGCGCCCAAAAAGUUCCAAAUGUGGUAGAGUGCUGUGCUGGUGAUCCAGUUCUGGGACAGGUUCUACCAGAUCUUCAAAAACAGCUGGAGUUCUGUCAAAAAUCUCUUGCAGGGUACCUUGAGAAAAAGAGGCUCCUGUUUCCCCGGUUCUUCUUUGUGUCUGAUCCAUCCCUCCUGGAAAUUCUUGGACAAGCCAGUGAUUCUCACACAAUUCAGUCACAUCUUCUUGGAGUGUUUGAUAAUGUUAAUGAAGCAGAGUUUCAUGCAACAGACUAUGACAAGAUUUUGGCUGUUAUUUCACAAGAAGGAGAGGAACUACCGCUGAACAGCCCUGUCAUGGCACAGGGACCAGUGGAGCUCUGGCUCAAGGAGUUGCUGUUACAACAGCAGGCCUCAUUACACUCUGUUAUCAAAGCAUCAGAUAUAGAGAUCAGCGAUGAAGAAGACUUCGAUCUUCUCUCUUUCCUCAACAAGUUCCAGGCACAGGUGGGGUUACUAGGAAUCCAAAUGCUUUGGACAAGAGAUGCAGAAGAGGCACUGCAAAAUGCUGAAGAUGACAGGGAGAUUAUGCCUUUUACCAGAAAGAAAUUUCUAAAUAUACUCACCAUGCUUAUUAAACAAACUACCCAAGACCUGAGCAAAUUUGACAGAGUUAAAUAUGAGACGCUCGUCACAAUCCACGUGCACCAGAGUGAUAUCUUUAUCGACCUAGUAAAAAAGCGUAUAAAAUCUGUUGGUGACUUUGAAUGGCUGAAGCAAAGCAGAUUUUACUUCAAGGAAGACCUGGAUCAUGUCAUUGUGUCAAUUACUAAUGUAGACUUCAUUUAUCAAAAUGAGUUCCUGGGCUGCACUGACCGCCUGGUAAUCACCCCUCUGACCGACAGGUGUUAUAUCACACUGUCCCAGGCUCUGGGCAUGAGUAUGGGAGGAGCUCCUGCAGGGCCAGCUGGCACUGGGAAGACUGAAACUACCAAAGACAUGGGUCGCUGCCUCGGCAAGUACGUGGUGGUGUUCAACUGCUCAGACCAGAUGGAUUUCAGAGGACUUGGCAGGAUAUACAAAGGCCUUGCACAGUCUGGGUCUUGGGGCUGCUUUGAUGAGUUCAAUCGAAUCGAUCUGCCAGUGCUUUCUGUUGCUGCUCAGCAGAUCUACAUUGUUCUGAUGGCACGCAAGAAACACAAAAGCACUUUCAUCUUUACUGAUGGAGACUGUGUGGAUCUGAAUCCAGAGUUUGGCCUGUUUAUCACAAUGAAUCCUGGAUAUGCCGGUCGCCAGGAACUUCCUGAAAACUUAAAAGUGCAAUUCAGGACAGUGUCGAUGAUGGUACCAGAUCGGCAGAUCAUCAUGAGAGUUAAGCUAGCCAGUUGUGGAUUCAAUGAGAAUGUCAUCUUAGCCCAGAAAUUCUUUGUGCUUUAUAAAUUGUGUGAAGAACAACUUACAAAACAGGUCCACUAUGACUUUGGCCUGAGGAACAUCCUGUCUGUGUUAAGAACACUGGGGGCCAGUAAAAGAGCACGUCCUGAUGACACAGAGUCUAGCACUGUCAUGAGAGUGUUGCGUGACAUGAAUCUUUCUAAACUGGUGGAUGAGGAUGAGCCCCUCUUCCUUAGUCUUAUCAAUGACCUAUUUCCUAGUAUUCAGCUGGAUGGGAGCACAUAUGUUGAGCUUCAAGCUGCUGUUGCUCAUCAAGUUGAGCUUGCUGGUAUUGUCAACCACCCACCAUGGAACCUUAAGCUGGUUCAGCUUUAUGAGGCUUCCCUAGUGCGCCAUGGCCUGAUGACUUUGGGUCCAAGUGGAGCUGGGAAGACCACAGUCAUCAAUAUUCUCAUGCGAGCUUUGACUGAAUGUGGAACACCACACAGGGAGAUGCGCAUGAAUCCCAAAGCAAUCACUGCACCACAGAUGUUCGGUCGUCUUGACGCUGCCACCAAUGAUUGGACUGAUGGAAUCUUUUCCACUCUGUGGAGGCGGACACUUAAAGCCAAGAAAGGGGAGUUUAUAUGGAUUGUGCUGGAUGGCCCUGUGGAUGCCAUAUGGAUUGAGAACCUCAACUCUGUGCUGGAUGAUAACAAAACACUGACACUGGCUAAUGGUGACCGUAUCACCAUGUCCCCAACCUGCAAACUGGUGUUUGAGGUGCACAACAUGGAUAAUGCCUCCCCAGCUACUGUGUCCCGUGUGGGUAUGGUCUUCAUGAGCUCCUCCGCUCUCAGCUGGCAGCCCAUACUCCAGGGAUGGGCACACAAACGCAAAGCAAGUGAGGCAGAGAGCAUCUUGAAUUUAUAUGAAAGGAUAUUUGAGGACGCUCACUUAUAUGUGAAACAGAAUCUUAAACCCAAAAUGGAGCUUUUGGAGUGCAACUACAUUAUGCAGUCUGUGAAUCUGCUGGAGGGUCUCAUCCCAACCAAAGAGACAGGGGGCGUGGUCGAUAGCAAAUACCUUGAACGCCUUUUUGUCUUCUGCCUGAUGUGGAGCCUGGGAGCCCUUUUGGAGUUAGAGGACAGGGACAAACUGGAAGCUUACAUCCGAGCUCAUGAAAGCUGCAUUGAUGUACCUCAGACACAGUCAGGAGAGACUAUGUUUGAGUACAUGGUCAACCCAAACGGUGAAUGGUGUCAUUGGAAUAACCAUGUGGGGGAGUAUGUCUAUCCUACUGCCCAUGUACCAGACUAUGCAUCCAUUCUUGUGCCAAAUGUUGAUAACACAAGAACUUCUUUUCUGCUGGAGACUAUUACCAACCAAUGCAAGGCUGUACUGCUUAUUGGUGAACAAGGGACUGCAAAGACAGUGAUGAUAAAGAGCUACACAAAAAAAUACGAUCCUGAGACAAAUCUCUCCAAGUCCCUGAACUUCUCAUCUGCAACACAGCCAAUAAUGUUUCAGCGAACAGUGGAAAGCUAUAUUGAGAAAAGAAUUGGAAGCACCUAUGGACCACCAGGAGGACGCAAGAUGACAGUCUUCAUCGAUGACAUCAACAUGCCUAUUGUCAAUGAAUGGGGCGAUCAGAUCACCAAUGAGAUAGUACGCCAGAUGAUGGAAAUGAACGGCAUGUACAAUGUGGACAAACCAGGAGACUUCACCACUAUUGUGGAUGUACAGAUAGUAGCUGCCAUGAUCCACCCUGGUGGUGGGAGAAAUGAUAUACCGCAAAGACUGAAGAGACAGUUUACAGUUUUCAACUGCACGCUGCCAUCCAACACCUCCAUUGAUAAGAUCUUUGGCGUAAUUGGCUGUGGAUAUUUCAAUACAUGCCGGAAAUUCAGCCCUGAGAUUUCAGAUAUGGUGAAGUGUCUUGUGUCUGCUGGAAGGAUUUUAUGGCAGUGGACAAAGGCAAAAAUGCUUCCUACACCAUCCAAGUUCCACUACGUCUUCAAUUUGAGAGACUUAUCCAGGAUCUGGCAGGGAAUGUUAAACAUUAAGGCAGGAGAGUGUAAAGAUAUCCCCACUCUGUUGGCUCUUUUCAUGAGUGAAUGCACAAGGGUGAUUGCUGACAGGUUUGUUUGCUCUGAGGACAGAGAGUGGUUUGAGAGGGCUAUGAGUCGUUUGAUUCAAGAGCAUGUUGACCCCAACCUUGUCUCAGAGCUUCAUCCUGAACCAUACUUUGUGGACUUCCUGCAAGACGCUCCUGAGCCCACUGGAGAAGAAGAUGAUGAUGCCUGUUUUGAUGCCCCCAAAAUUUAUGAACUGGUGCCAAAUUUGGAGUUCUUAUCAGAGAAGCUGAUGAUGUAUCAGACCCAGCACAAUGAGAAUGUAAGAGGCUCGAUCCUAGAUCUAGUUUUCUUCAGGGAUGCCAUGACUCAUCUUGUCAAGAUCUCACGUAUCAUUCGAACUGACAAUGGUAAUGCCUUGCUUGUGGGGGUUGGAGGAUCAGGGAAACAGAGCCUGACUCGCCUGGCCUCAUACAUAGCUGGAUACAGCAUCUUCCAGAUCACAUUGACAAGAACAUACAACAUAAGUAAUUUCAUGGAUGACCUGAAACUGUUGUAUAAAACAGCUGGAGCUGAUGGAAAAGGCAUCACAUUCAUCUUUACAGAUAAUGAUAUAAAGGAUGAAGCAUUCCUUGAGUACCUUAACAAUGUUCUUUCUUCUGGAGAGGUCUCCAACCUUUUUGCAAAAGAUGAGAUCACAGAGAUCACCCAGAAUCUGAUCUCUGUGAUGAAAAAGGAGUUUCCUCGUGUUCCACCAACUUUUGAUAAUCUUUAUGACUACUUUAUAUCACGCUCCAGAAAGAAUCUGCAUGUAGUUCUUUGCUUCUCACCGGUGGGGCAGAAGUUUCGCUCCAGAUCUCUGAAGUUUCCAGGGUUAAUUUCUGGCUGUACCAUGGACUGGUUCACUCCUUGGCCAAAUGAGGCUCUGGUGGCUGUGUCCAACUAUUUGUUAUCAGAGUUUCCAAUGGUUUGCUCUGCUGAUGUGAAAGCGUCUGUGGUGACCACCAUGGGUACAUACCAUGAAAAAGUGUCUGAAACCUGUGAAAGCUACUUUGAAAGAUUUCGUAGAAGAACUCAUGUCACCCCUAAAUCCUACCUGUCAUUUAUUAAUGGUUACAAAACACUUUACGCUGAGAAGCACAACUAUAUCAACACACUAGCAGAACACAUGAACGUAGGUUUGGCCAAACUGAUGGAGGCUAGUGAGUCUGUUGCUCAACUAUCCAAAGAUCUUCAAGUCAAAGAAAAAGAACUUGCUGUAGCAUCUGUCAAAGCUGACAAGGUGGUGGCAGAGGUGACAGUCAUUGCUGAAGCUGCGACCAUUGUGAAGAAUGAGGUGCAGGUUGUGAAGGAUAAAGCCCAGAAAAUUGUGGAUGGAAUUGGUAAAGAGAAAGCUAUUGCUGAGGGGAAACUAGAGGCUGCCAAACCAGCUUUAGAAGAGGCUGAAGCUGCACUUAAUACCGUCACUGCAGGUGAUAUUGCCACUGUGAGAAAAUUGGCCAAGCCCCCACAUCUGAUCAUGAGGAUUAUGGACUGCUGUCUGCUUUUAUUCCAAAAGAGGUUGGACACUGUCCGUAUUGAUCCAGAACGACAGUGUAUUCAGCCAUCAUGGGCAGAAGCAUUAAAGCUUAUUAGUGGCGCUGGUUUUAUGACAUCCCUCAAGCAGUUUCCAAAGGACAAAAUUAAUGAGGAAACGGUUGAACUGCUGCAGCCGUACUUUGACAUGGAAGAUUACACAAUGGAAAAUGCCAAGAAAGUAUGUGGUAGUGUAGCUGGUCUGCUAGCAUGGACCAAGGCUAUGGCUACAUUCUUUGGCAUCAACAAAGAAGUGUUGCCACUCAAGGCUAACCUAAUGAUUCAGGAAGGUCGGCUGAAUGUGGCUAAUAAUCAGCUAGGCAUAGCUGAGGCUCAGCUGGCUGAAAAGCAAGCAGAGUUUGACAAAGUCCAGGCCAAAUGUGAUGCUGCUAUGAAAGAAAAACAGGACUUGUUGGAUGAUGCUGAGAUGUGUAGGAAUAAAAUGCAGGCUGCAUCUGCACUUAUUGAUGGACUCAGUGGAGAAAAAAUUCGCUGGAUAGAACAAAGCAAAGAAUUUAAAUCUCAGAUCAACAGACUUGUGGGUGAUGUGCUUCAGCUCACUGGCUUCUUAUCUUAUUGUGGGCCAUUCAACCAGAGUUUCCGGGAAAUGCUGUUGAAAAAAAUCUGGGAGAGUGAGCUCAGGAAAUAUAAAAUCCCUUUUACAGAAAAGCUCAGCCUCAUUUCUGCCUUGGCAGAUCCUCCUACUAUAAGUGAGUGGAACCUUCAAGGACUCCCAGCAGAUGACUUAUCUGUGCAGAAUGGAAUCAUUGUCACAAAAGCAGCAAGAUAUCCCCUCCUCAUCGAUCCCCAGACUCAGGGAAAGGCUUGGAUUAAGGAAAAAGAAAAGACUAAUUCAUUCCAAGUGACAUCACUGAAUCACAAGUUCUUUCGCUCUCAUUUGGAAGACUGCCUUUCCUUGGGUCGUCCACUGCUUAUUGAAGAUGUCUAUGAGGACCUGGACCCUGCCCUUGACAAUGUCCUUGAGAAAAACUUCAUCAAAUCUGGGACCAGCUUCAAGGUCAAAGUGGGGGACAAAGAAGUAAAUGUGAUGGAUGGCUUCCAGCUCUAUAUAACCACCAAACUACCUAAUCCCGCAUACACCCCAGAAGUCAGUGCCAAGACAUCCAUCAUUGAUUUCACUGUAAACAUGAAGGGCCUUGAGAACCAGCUACUUGGUCGCGUGGUCCUUCAAGAGAAACAUGAACUGGAGGCAAAAAGAUUAAAGCUCAUUGAGGAUGUAACUGCCAAUAAGAGAAAGAUGCAGGAAUUGGAGGACAACUUGCUGUACAAACUCAGCAGCACAAAAGGUUCCUUGGUGGAUGAUGACUCUAUGAUCGACAUUUUGAGUAUAACUAAGAAAACCGCUGCUGAAGUUAGCGCAAAGCUCAGUGUUGCAGCAGAAGCAGAGGAAAAGAUUAAAAAAGCUCAAGCAGAAUAUCGUCCGGUUGCCUCCCGAGGCAGCAUCCUUUACUUCCUCAUCACAGAGAUGAGCAUGGUCAAUACCAUGUACCAGACAUCCUUGGGUCAGUUCCUCAAAAUCUUUGACCUGUCACUGGUAAGGUCAGAGAAAUCCUCUAAAACUCAGAAGCGUAUUGCGAACAUCAUUGAAUAUCUGACUUUUGAGGUGUUCAGAUACACAGUGAGAAGCCUGUAUGAAAACCACAAGUUCAUCUUCACACUCUUGCUUGCUCUCAAGAUUGAUUUACAAAAUAACAAAAUCGAGCAUAACCAAUUUCAGAUUCUUAUUAAAGGUGGUGCAGCUCUUGACCUGAAGACAUGCCCUCCAAAGCCAUUCACUUGGAUCCUGGACAUGGUCUGGCUAAACUUGGUGGAACUCAGCAAAUUGCCAGAGUUUAAUAAGAUCAUAAACCAGGUGUCUCAAAAUGGGAAACCCUGGAAAGCAUGGGUCGAUCUGGAUACCCCAGAGGAAGGUGUCAUACCAGAUGGAUACAACACCCUUAAUGUCUUCCAUAAACUUCUGCUAAUAAGGUCUUGGUGCCCUGACCGUACCUUGUCUCAGGCCAGAAAUUAUGUCGGAGAGGCCAUGGGCUUGAGGUUCGCUGAGCCAGUCAUUUUGAACCUUCAUGACACAUGGGGGGAAAGUGACCCUCGCACUCCUCUAAUUUGCUUCCUCUCUAUGGGUUCAGAUCCUACUGAACAAAUUGAAGCACUUGCUAAGAAACUUGAACUUGAAUGCAGAGCUAUAUCCAUGGGGCAAGGUCAAGAGGUGCAUGCAAGGAAGCUUGUACAGACAUCAAUGACACACGGAGGCUGGGUUCUUCUGCAAAAUUGCCACCUGGGCCUGGAGUUUAUGGAUGAGUUGUUAGACACUAUCACAACUGCAGAAACCAUGCAUGAGAGUUUCAGGGUGUGGAUCACCACAGAACCACACAAUCUAUUCUCCAUCACACUCUUACAGUCUUCUAUCAAGUUUACCAAUGAUCCACCUCAGGGAGUGCGUGCUGGUUUGAAACGAACAUUUGCAGGAAUUUCACAGAGCCAGCUGGAAAUCACUAACCUUCCCCAGUGGAAGCCCAUGCUGUACAGUGUGGCCUUUCUCCACACUGCCGUGCAGGAACGACGCAAAUUUGGACCACUGGGUUGGAACAUACCAUAUGAGUUCAACUCUGCUGAUUUCACUGCAAGUGUUGAGUUUGUUGAGAAACACUUAGAUGAUUGCGGCCCCAAGAAGGAUGUGUCAUGGGUAACUGUGCGAUACAUGCUAGCCGAAGUACAGUAUGGAGGAAGGGUUACAGAUGACUAUGACAAACGCCUCCUCUCGUGUUUUGCACGCGUGUGGUUCAGCAAAAAGAUGUUUGACCCUUCGUUUUGCUUCUACACGGGCUACAAAAUUCCAGUGUGCAAGACAGUAAAGGAGUACAUGAAAAACAUUCAGAGCUUGCCCGCUGUGGAUUCACCCCAAGCAUUGGGGCUGCAUCCUAAUGCCGAUAUCACGUAUCAGACAAAUACAUCGGCUGAGGUGCUUGACACAAUCACAAAUAUCCAGCCCAAGGAAAGUGGAGGGGGAUCAGGAGACACUCGGGAGUCAAUUGUUUACAAUAUGGCGAAAGACAUGUUGGACAAAUUGCCUCCCUAUUAUGUGCCACAUGAGGUCAAAGCCAGGCUGUUGAAGAUGGGAAUUCUGAACCCAAUGAACAUCUUCUUACGUCAGGAGGUGGAUCGAAUGCAAAGGAUCAUCAGUGCAGUGCGGACAAGUCUGACUGACCUGAAGCUGGCCAUUGAUGGUACUAUCAUAAUGAGUGAGAACCUCCGAGAUGCCCUGGACAAUAUUUUUGAUGCCCGUGUACCAAACCUGUGGAGGAAAAUCUCCUGGGAGUCAUCCACAUUGGGCUUUUGGUUCACAGAGCUUUUGGAGAGAAACAAACAGUUCCAUAGCUGGGUGUUUGAAGGAAGACCCAAAACUUUUUGGAUGACAGGCUUCUUCAACCCACAGGGGUUUCUAACAGCUAUGAGACAAGAAGUAACAAGGGCAAACAAAGGCUGGGCUCUGGACACAGUCACCCUGCACAACAAAGUACUGAAGCAGACAAAGGAGGAGAUCACUGCCUCGCCUACAGAGGGCGUUUAUGUUUAUGGUCUUUACCUGGAAGGCGCUGGCUGGGAUAUGAAGAACACCCAUCUCAUCGAGUCCUCACCCAAAGUGCUUUUCACACCCUUGCCUGUCAUACACAUGUUUGCCCUUAACUCCACUGCCCCAAUGGAUCCUAAGCUAUAUGUCUGCCCCAUCUACAAGAAACCAAGGCGCACAGAUCUGAAUUACAUCACAGCAGUGGUGUUACCUACCAUUCAGUCACCAGACCACUGGAUCUUGCGUGGGGUUGCUCUGCUCUGUGACAUCAAAUGAUAGGUAGUUGCAUGUGUAUGUUCAUGUGUAAAACCACUGAAAGGAAAAAUAAAUGAUUUUUAAAAGUCUGAU